AUGGCUGCCCGUGGGAAAGGAUAUGGUGUAUCUCCCAAGAAUCUGAUAGAUCAGCUGAAUCAGCUGAAGGCCCCGGCGCACGUGGAGAAAUCACCGGAACUUGUUGAGUCAGAUAGCGACGAUCAAGUGUACUCUGACAAAAAAUGGCGGGAAAAGUUGCAGUACGAAUGUGAUUACGAAUUUGAAUCAAAUCUAGGAAAAUAUGAGGACGAAGAUCGUUAUUACAGCUGCAAUGCCGAAUCCUAUGACAGUUGGGCGGAUAGAAUAUAUAGUGCAUUUUCUUCAAGACAAAAAAGUUUGUAUGCAAGCAACUACAAGAAAAAAGCCAAAAAACCAGUGCCUGCAAAUACAGAGGAAAGAAAGCGUACGCUAAAGCUUGAGCAGGACCUGACGCAAAGCAAGGAAAACGCAGCAAAAUUACGAGAACGACGCAAGCUGGUUAGAAUCCAAGAAAUGUAUCGGAAACUGUUUGAAAGUUUAGAAGAGAUAACUGUAAAUGAUAUUCCCUACGAAGGGAUGGAGCCGCCCGAAAUACUAGACAUUAUGAUACAGAAUUUUGUAUUCAAGAUAUUUGAAGAUAAAAUGAAAUUAGCCAGUCUUUUGAUAAUUAUAGGAGUCUUUAAAAACAGUAAUGGAGAUUGUACUCGAGCAGAAGCAAAGCAGAUUGAAAACCAUUGCUGGAUAAUGCCUAGCUUUAAGGAGACAUGGUCUAAAUCUAAAGACUACUGUGCUGGGUGCGGAAUGAAGUUAGCAUCAGUGCUUACUGAGGAGGCUAGAAAGAAACUUGAAACCUUGAUAACAGGUUCCCGGGAUGUAUGGCUAGGAGCUACAGAUGAUGAAAAGGAGGGCGUGUGGAUUUGGCAAGACAAUGCAGAUUUUAAGAUUCCAACCAACUGGUGGAAGGUUGCCAGAAGAUGGAGUGAAACAAAUGAACCAAAUGGAAGAAACUGGGAAAACUGUUUACAAUAUAGCUCAGGUGAUUUCUACGAUGCAAGUUGUAACCAGAAGAAAAAUUUUGUAUGCUAUGAAGAUGAAUCAUCUACAGCUACUGUUGCAUGUGAUGUGACUACAACUGAAACAACAGUUGUCACAACAGCAGUAAAUAAUGAUGCUUUAACAACUGCUAUUGCUACAACGGCUUCACCUAAUACAGAAAGUACCACAGCUAUAAGCAAUACUCAAUCUUCAGAAUCUGUUGCUACCACUGCUUCCUUAAGCACUGCAACAGCUUCAACCACUGCUGCAGUUUCUGCAAGUGAAACCACUGUUAGUACUACUGCAGAAAUAACUACAAAUAGAUGUGAACCAGAAUCUGAUUCCACUACAACUACAGAGGGAGCAAGUUCCUCCAGUACUGCAGUAUCUUCAACUGCUUCUGAAGCACAAACAGCAAGUUCAACCACAACCACUUCUGCAACAACAAGAGUUACUUGUACAACAGGCACGGGAACUCAUAGCACAACUUCUGGAACAGGCCCAACUGAAGCAGGAACAACUAUAGCUCCUACUCCUGCUGGAGCAGGAACAACGGUAGCUAUAACUACUACUUCUGGAACUGGAACAACUGCAGCUACUGCUACUUCUGGAACAGGAACAACUGUAGCUACUACUACUACUACUACUACUACUACUACUACUACUACUACUACUACUACUACUACUACUACUACUACUACUACUACUUCCACUUCUACUACAACUACAAUUAAAAGGAAAAAAGGUACCGACACCCUUAAUACGAAUUAUUUACCAAUUAUGAUUGAUUAA